AGACUCCAGAGCCGGGGGCAGGGGAGAGCGUAGGCUACGCAGCGCCUGCGCAGUGAGCCUGGUGAGGCCGUCACGUGCCAGACUGAACCCGGCUUGGAGAGUAACGGUGGCUGGCUGGGAUGCGGCUUCGUCCGAGUAUCCUCCCUACCUCUUAGGCGGUCGUUUUCUCCCUGUUCUCCGAUUGAAGCUCCAUUCUUAACAUGCUGAGAGUCAGUGUGAUAUAGUGGUUAGAGGGCCAGACCAGAACUGGGAGACCCAGGUUCGAAUCCCCGCUCUGCCAUGGAAGCUUGCUGGUGACCUUGAGCGAGUCACACACACUCAGCCUAACCUACCUUACAAGCUUUUUGUGAAGAUAAAAUGGUGGAGAAGAGGAUUUUAGUUACUUUGAAAAGAAAGAAAUAUAAGAAAUAAAACAGGAAUUGUUAAUGGGUCCUUGACUAAGGAAUUUACAAUCUAUAAUUUCUAAUAAGCCAUCAAAAGCAGUCUCUCUGGGUUUUUUCUUUUUCUUCUUUUGUUUUUUGCCAGCCAAGAUUUUUUGUCUUUCAGUUAGCUUGCUUGAUGUAUUUCACUUGGCUGCCAGUUUCUGGCAUUGGUAACCUAGGCCUUCUCACUGUAAUUAUAUAAAUUUGCGCUGCAACUGUUCAGCAUCAUUCAGCAUAUGAGGAAAGGUGUAAUUCACAGUUACAAAGCCAUGCAAAUUUGGUUGCCUCUUUUAUUUCAUCAUGGAAAUCUGGAGAAGCUGAAAAAAUGGCAGGCAGAUCCUAUCAGACAAGGAAACAGCUUUCUUUUUAGAGGUGCCAACCUAGUGAUACUUGGGUUGUCAUCUUUGGGGAGGAGCUGCAUGCCCUAUGUCUGCCUUUAGCAGAAGUUUGAUAUUCAGUGUGUGAAGUUUUUCAUGGAAUGGAAGUUGUCACCUGGUGAUUGCUGUUGUUGCAGAAUAACAGGGGUAGAUGCAAAAGUGCUCCUCUAAAUGACUGUUUAAAGGUUGGUUGCACCCAAUGAUUUUCAUCUAUACAAAAUAUGCUUGCAAAAGAAGAUGAAAGCUUAUGGAUGUUGCCGGCACUGCAACAGCGAAGGCUUAAAAAAACAAAAACAAAGCAGCUGUGUGUUAUCUUACUCUUUCAGUGGAGGAAACAUGUUGAGAUAUUCUAAAUGAUAAUAUUAAUUUCCAGGAGCAAGACUAGAGCAGCCAUCCAGAUUCCUGGGAACCAAACCCUGAAAGCAAAACAUUUAAACUCUUAGACAUUGUUUUUUUUUAGUGAACAAGUGGAUUUCUCCAGUACUUUUAGGAAGAACACUGAGGUAAUUUAUUCUUUGCUUUUGGCCUUCCUCUGUUUUUUUGUAUUAUAAUGUUGUAACUGUGUCUUUUACUAGUAUCAAUUUCAUUUUACAGCUUAGGUGAACCACUUUCUUUUGUUUGUCAUUGAAAUAUGCUGCCCUUUAAUUUGACUCCAUAGGGAGUCCAUGGAGCUGGGGAAAUCAUGUCAUUUGCUUUCAUAUAACAUUUGAGUUGGCCCUGGAUGUACAGGAGGGCAGAGAGAAACUUUCAGCGAGGCAUGUGGCAGCUCUGGUUAAUUCUGCCCAAGUACACUCAGUGGGACUUACUUGUAACAAUGGCUGAUCCUUGGCAAGAAUGCAUGGAUUAUGCAGUUAUUUUAGCAAGAAAAGCUGGGGAGAUAAUACGUGAGGCACUGAAGGAGGAAAUAGCUGUCAUGGUUAAAAGUUCUCCUGCAGAUCUAGUGACAGUCACUGAUCAAAAAGUGGAAAACAUGAUUAUUUCUUCCAUAAAAGAAAAAUAUCCUUCUCACAGCUUUAUUGGUGAAGAAUCUGUUGCAGCUGGUGCAGGCAGUACCUUAACUGAUAAUCCCACUUGGAUUAUUGACCCAAUUGAUGGAACUACUAACUUUGUUCACAGAUUUCCCUUUGUGGCAGUUUCCAUUGGUUUUGUAGUAAAUAAAAAGAUCGAAUUUGGAGUUGUGUUUAGCUGUGUGGAGGACAAAAUGUACACUGCUAGGAAAGGGAAAGGUGCGUUUUGCAAUGGGCAGAAGAUCCAUGUAUCACAACUACAAGAUAUUACAAAAGCACUCAUAGUGACUGAGUUGGGAUCCAGCCGUGAACCGGAGGUUUUAAAAACUGUUCUUUCUAAUAUGCAGAGGCUUCUCAGCAUUCCUAUUCAUGGGAUAAGAGCAGUUGGGACAGCAGCUGUAAAUAUGUGUCUGGUGGCAACUGGAGGAGCAGAUGCCUAUUAUGAGAUGGGAAUUCAUUGCUGGGAUAUGGCAGGAGCUGGAAUCAUUAUUACUGAAGCUGGUGGAGUUCUGCUUGACAUCUCAGGUGGACCAUUUGAUUUGAUGUCUAGAAGAAUAAUUGCAGCAAACAGCCAAGUUCUAGCAGAGAGGAUAGCCAAAGAGCUUCAGAUCAUCCCUUUGCAGAGGGAUGACGCAGCAAAUUAAAUGUCCUCCUUUUCACCCUGCCUUUGACAGGCAAUCAGUCUGUGUACUUAAAAAUAGCUUUCUUUGGAAAGGACACUCUUUUGCACUUGCAUAGAAUAGCAAGCAAGUACAGGUUUGGUCUGAACAUUUCAAAGCCUGAUAUUUGAAUUCCUCUUUCUUCUCCCCGCCCCCCCCCCCCGCGCCCCCACAAAACUUCACACGCUUUCUGGAUUUUAAUCCUUGUCAAUUUUAGAAAGCGUUUUUAAAAUAUCACUGAAUGUAAUUGUGUUACUGACAGGAAGUGGGAUGGACUUCAUCUGCUGAGUUUUCGUAUAUAAUAUGUAUUAGCGUAUAUGUAAUGAACAGUGAUUAAGUAUCUCUUCAUAUCCAGCUAGUGUUCUAGAACUCAGGGCUGUGCUGGCAGCAAUGCAUGAAAGUUGAACCACAGACAGUGUUCCAAGGAAGAAAGUAGUUUAUUUGUGGAAAAUUUUUCAAGGUGGAAUAAGACUCUGUAUAUAGUAGGAAGGCCGGGUAGACUAUACCUCAGUAAAGCAUGGCCCCAACUCUGUGUUUUAUUGAUAUGAACAGAAAUACCAGACAGGGCAAUAGUAGGGCAGAAGUAGCCUCUAGGUGGCAGAAGUGCUUAACUCCUUGCCAGGUCUCCUUGGAAGAUACCCUUUCCGUUAUGAGGGAGAAGUGAGGUUGAAAACUCAUAGUUGUCCUCCAUUAACAUACAUUUUGACCCCAGGUUCUACAUGUACCAACGUUGUUCAUUCCUCUAUGUUCCUGAUUGGGUUUAUAUGGCAUUUUAUAUAAACUCUGGUCAUUGAUAUUGGCCCAUUUUAAGUGUCUGUAGUCUUCAGGGGGACAUAACAACACUGUACUUAAAGGCAUGACCCUUCCAAAAUUAAGCACUUUGAGAUCAAUGAAACUAAAAUGACAGAACAAAAAAUAUGCUUAUGGUACUUUUCACACUCGUACUUUACAGCAUUUCCACAGCUGCUUCGCAUCCCAUGUUUGCAGAGGUUUCACACUUGCAAGCUAGCCAUGGGACACAGUGCUGCUCUUAGUCGGCGGUAUCCCUGAUUUUUCCCCCUGCGGACACACCAUGAUGUUAUUUUGAACCCACUGCCAACUCGUGGCUGGCCCGAUUAAUGCCAGUGUGAACACUUUUGUCCCUUUUUGCUUCUCUCCCCCCUUCUCCUUUUCCUCGGGAGCUGAUUGGUCUGUGAGGAUCUGACCACACACACUCUCCUCAGCUCCUUGACCACUUUGUCUACCCCUUUUUUUAACGUUUCAGCAUUUGGUGCCAGUGUGGUCAAGUGUCCCUGCCCAACUGGCUGGCAGCAGGGAGCUGGGUGCCCAUCUGGCCAGGCCUGAGCAGGGAAAGCAGAGUGCUGAGCAGGAGGGAGGCAGGCGGGCCCAAGUUGUGGAGUGUAAGUGUGCUCGCUUGCCUUCUGCGCCCCGGCGCCGCCAUCCGAGCAACACUAUUUCUAAAAGACAGUAACGUUUCAGCAUUGUGCAUUUUUUUUUAAUCAAUGGAUAGGAAGCAACGCUCUUACAUUACUGCUGUUUGGAAAAAAGGUGCCAUGGGAAAUCACCACCAGUAGAUAUGCUCUCUGGCUCCGCAGAGAACCACUUCUGUUCAUUUGAACCUUUGGACAUGUUUGCCUUUUGAUUUUUAAUGUUCAAUAUAAAUUAUAAUGAUGGUCUUAAAAAUGGCAUUUGAACAAACGGGGAGUCUUUCUCCAAAAAGUUCACCAUACCCCAUCCAUUCAGGGUUCACAUGAUUGCAUGAAACUAAUGGUGGCCGGAAAAUUUGCUGGGCGGGGACAAUCAUCUCUCAACACCCCUCAGCACUAUUUUAAAACAUGAAAAGUUAGGGCGCGAAAAUACUGCACAGAGAUGCAGUAUUGAUGUGCAUAGGGAGGGGUGGGGUUUCAAGUGGUAAUGUCACAACAUUACAACACAUGCGCAAACUUUAAAAAAGGGGGGGUGAUGUGAAUUCCAAAGCCCACAAAACAUGCAUCAAAACCGGGACUUCAAAGUGAGUGUGAAACAAAAUGCAGGACACCAAUUCAAAACUUCUCAGACAGUGUGAAACGCAUGGGUGCCGAGCUGAAUCUGUUACGAUCGUGGCAACUCCUCAGAAAUGGCGAGUUAUCCCAUGAGUGUGAAAUGUACCUAUAUCUCUCCAUUGAAAUCAGUAGGGCUAAAAAUUGCUUAACUCUGGCUAAAGUGUAAUGGUUAGUUUCGUCUGCAUUAUUUACCCUUUUUUUGCUUCUCCCCAGUAGCUCAGGUGUGUUUCUAAAGGACUAGUGCUUUCCUGUGGAGCAAGGAGCCUUCCUCUGAGACAGGAGGCUCACCUCUUGUAACCACAGAAGGCUUCUUGAACUGAGGGAUCCAGUCGAGUAUACCUUUGAAAUCUUGGGUCUCCGGAGUGUUCACAUACACAGAAGGAUUUCCACCCUCAGAGGGCAACUUUCUCAGCACCGGCUGAAGCAUGCUGCUCUUGGGGGUGCAUUUUGGGAUGGGCGGGGAGGCACAAAAAUCACUCUCUGUGGGUAGAAAUCCUUCUUUGUACAGAAACAUUCUGGUGGAUCCGUGCUGUUGUGCAUGCAUUUGUGGGCUAAAGCUAUGAAGUAAGCUCGAGCCAUGAAGGAUUGCUAUAAUGUAUUUGUUUUUAAGGUUCCACAAUAGUCUGCUGCUGCUGUUGUUUUUCUAGAUAGCCAUGUAGUCUAUCUUGUUUGCUGUAAAAUAAUAAUCUGUGUCAUUGAAUUAUACGUUGAAGGGUUGACUGAACAGAGCUUUGUGUAGUAUUAAGUAAAAUUGACUUGAAUCAUACAUAUUUAGAUUUGUGUAGCUGGAUCUUUGCUGCCAAAAUGCUUUCAGUGUCCCAGCUGCGGCCGUAUCUUUGUCAGAAAUCAUUCCUCCGAGGAUGGUGAUUGCUCCUAAUGGACUAGCAACUUGCUCACAAAACUGGAAAGUUUAUAAUAUUACAAAACAUUCUGUACAUUUGUGGUACUAGCCUGCUGGCCUUUGCGUUGGAUCUUCCGUUACCGUACAAGUUCAGCCAUAACUAUGCUACCGCUCAAACCUUCAGUCUUUUCUAAAGAUUGUAAUAAUAGGUUGUUGAAGAAAAUGUAACCAAUAAGGUUAAUUUUUAAGUUUCUUUUAAAAUUACAUGUAUGCCUAAAUUACUUACUAUAAAGGUAAACUGUUUAUAACCCCAGGGCUCAAUUUCUUGCCAUAUCAACUUUGAGUAGCAAAUGCCUCCUUGGAGCUGAUAAGCUGUCCAGUCUCCUCGGUCUGUGCAGUCUCCUCUGUGCUGAAGGCAGUAUCCUACGUGGUCUGGGGACAGGGCAAGGGGGUAGCUGCGUGAUGUGUCAAAACCCACAGAACCCAUUCGAAAUUUUGAUUAAUGUCCUUGUAGAUGCUGCUUGCGCCUAAUUAGCCUUCAGGAUUUUACUUUUUCCAGAGUAUCAGCGUUAAUUCCUAAGCAUAUCAGGACAAAUAGAUGACUUCUGAGUUUCUGUAGCUAAGCAGGGAGAGGAUUGAAUGAGUCAGAUUUGUUUUGUAAAAUGAAAAUUGUUCUGAAAUAUUCCAGCUUUACAGUUAAAGUCCUUGUUUAUUUAGACCAUUGGCUUUGAAAAAGGAUGAAUAUUGUUUCUUCAAUUAAAAUGUUGCUCUUCAGAAACAGAAGUUAGAAAGUAAUAAAUAUCUAACACUUGCUCAGUCUGUUAAAAAAACAUAUGUAACUACUGUGAUGGUUUUAUGAGAGUUAGUUGAGGCAGCCAGUGUGGUGUAGUAGUUAGAAUGUGCAGUUAGGAUCUCAUCCCCUUUAUCAUGGCUCUUGCUGAAUGGUCUGGGCCAGUCACUCUUUCUUAGCCAGACCUACGUUAUUGGGUUUUCGCAAAGAGGGGAGGACCAUGCACGCCACUCAGGCUUCCUUGGAGCAAGGGUGAGAUAAAGAUGUGCUGUAAAUAGUCUAAAAUUGUGUAUAUCCAGUACUUAGCAGCCUGCCAUCUUGUUCCCCUAUAACAAUCUAUGGAGUGGCCAUGGCCCAGUACAUUGUCCUGUAUAGUCUAGUAUUGGAUUCUAGGACCUGGAUGCAAAUCUCCAUUCAGCCCAGUUCACAGUCUGUCAACCUAAUCCACCUUACAUGAUUGUUGUGAGGAUCAAAUAGAAAAGAGGAGAAGCAUAUAUGUUGUUCUGAGCUUCUAGGAAGAGAGCCAGGAUAAUAAUGUAAUAGAAAUCCUUGUGGCCUUCGCUUUUUUUAAAAAGGGGGGGGGGGGUGGACUGAAGAAGACUUUACUGCGUACACGAGUGUGUGAGUAUGAUGGGGAAGAGACAAAUUUGUGCUGAACACAUUUUUUAAAAUACAGCUGGACUGGAAGGUGUACAGAUUUUACCUCACAGCCACUAGAGGGACUCAGUUUACUGAGCUGAAAAGCAAUACAGUGAGCAUAUGAUACACUUUUAUGCUGAUCUUUAAAUACGGGUGUCACUGUUACAUUUUAAAAAUUAAAAAAUUCUAAAAUGUAACCUGUAUAUUUAUUUCCUUAAUUCGUCUGCUGUAGAAAUACAAGCAAUAAAAGCUUUCUGG